AAAACUUUGUGAUCGAGCGAAGCAGUCAGGCCUCAGGCCCUCAACUCUCAGGUGGCCCAGAUCUCUCAAGUUCAACCAUGGUUAGAAGCACACCAUGAAUCUGGGAGUUUGGUUCCUCCUCGCUUCUGGUUUAGCUUCCAGAUCUGCUUCCUGAUUAGGGUUUCUAGCUUUCGAAUCUCUCCGUUUUAAUUCUGGAUCAGUUCGAAUCGGAUCCAUGGCUUCUUGAAAGUUCUCGAUUCUGCAGAUUCAUCGUGUCAUCUCUCUUGCGAAGAGGGAGAAAAAUAAAGAAAGAAAAAGGGAAACGCAUAGAAUGAUGGAAUUCCCGCUCAAAAACAUGGACAAGCGCCCGAGGAAGAGACCUCGUUUAGCUUGGGAUGUGCCCCCUCCUCUUCCUCUUCCCAAGGUGAUUCCAGCAUACAAUUAUGCACAUUCUUCAUCUGUAUUCUACAACAGGGGAAUGCCUCGCUAUGGCUCCCCACCUUGGAGACCGGACGACAAAGAUGGCCAUUAUGUUUUUGUGAUCGGGGAAAAUAUAACUCCUCGCUACAGGAUUCUUGGCAAAAUGGGGGAAGGGACAUUUGGGCAAGUCCUGGAAUGUUUUGACAAUGAAAAUAAAGAAGUUGUGGCAAUCAAGGUUGUUCGCUCCAUACACAAAUAUCGUGAAGCUGCAAUGAUUGAAAUCGAUGUCCUUCAGAGGCUUGCCAGGCAUGAUGUUGGUGGCUCUCGUUGUGUGCAAAUUCGGAAUUGGUUUGACUAUCGUAAUCAUAUUUGUAUUGUAUUUGAGAAGCUUGGGCCAAGCUUAUACGAUUUUCUUCGCAAAAACAGCUACCGUUCCUUUCCCAUUGAUCUUGUUCGGGAGGUUGGCAGACAACUUUUGGAGUCUGUAGCAUUUAUGCAUGAUUUGCACCUUAUUCACACUGAUUUGAAGCCAGAAAAUAUUCUUCUUGUUUCCUCUGAGUAUGUCAAAGUGCCAGAUUACAAGUUUCUAGCGCGGUCAACAAAAUAUGGCUCCUAUUUCAAGAAUCUGCCUAAGUCGAGUGCCAUUAAACUUAUUGAUUUUGGAAGUACAACAUUUGAACAUCAAGAUCACAGCUAUGUUGUAUCAACUCGUCAUUAUCGUGCACCAGAGGUUAUAUUAGGUCUUGGUUGGAACUAUCCUUGUGAUUUAUGGAGUGUGGGUUGCAUACUUGUUGAACUUUGCUCUGGAGAAGCCCUUUUCCAAACCCACGAAAACUUGGAGCAUCUUGCCAUGAUGGAGAGGGUUUUGGGGCCAAUUCCGCAGCAUUUGGUGCUUAAAGCUGACCACCUCGCUGAGAAAUACUUCCGGAGUCAUUCAAGGUUAGAUUGGCCUGAUGGUGCUACGUCAAGGGAAAGCAUGAGAGCAGUUUGCAAAUUGCCUCGCCUACCGAACCUAAUAAUGCAGCAUGUGGAUCACUCUGCUGGCGAUUUGAUUGAUCUCGUGCAAGGGCUACUACGUUAUGACCCAGCCGAGCGUCUCAAGGCAAGGGAAGCACUAAGACAUCCCUUUUUUAUGAGAGAUCCUAGAAGGUUCGGAUACACCUUGUAAUUUGAAGUCCUCACCCAUUUUAAAGUCGAGAAUGAGCGAUGGAUGUGUUGACAGGCAAUUGCUUGUGUCGUUUUGAUUGAGCCAUCAUUGUAUAAUCAUUACUGUAUAGUCAAGUGUAUUCUUUUUCCCUUACCAAUGUUUUUACUGGUUUCAUUAUGGUAUGGUUAUCCCCAUAGGGCACAGGAUCUUACUGAUUUCCUUUGUAUGCGCAUCACAAAUUUCUCGUUUACUUUUUGAUGCUUAUUGAGAAAAAGAGAGCUUGUUACUUUCU